AUGGGAACCUGUCCAAACGGCCGCGAUUCCGACUACAAAAAUGCCGACUUUGCAUUCUACCGCUACGUGCCGUCCAUGGCCGCAGCCGUGAUAUUCUGCCUCCUCUUCAUCCUGACAUCGUUCCUCCACACCGUCCAGAUGUUCAAAACCAGGACCUGGUACCUAACCGCCUUCGUCAUCGGCGGCUUCUUCGAAGUCGUCGGCUACGCCGGCCGCGCCAUGUCGGCCAAGCAGGACGCCGGCUGCUGGACGCUGAUGCCGUACAUCAUCCAGUCCAUCUUCCUGCUCGUCGCGCCCGCCCUCUUCGCCGCGUCAAUCUACAUGAUCCUCGGGCGCAUCAUUCUCCUCACCGACGGCGAGCAGCACUCGAUCAUCCGCCGGACGCGCCUCACCAAGCUCUUCGUCGGCGGCGACGUGCUGUCGUUCUUCAUGCAGGGCGGCGGCGGCGGGCUGAUGGCCAAGGGCAAUACGCUGGGCGAGAAGCUGAUCGUCGGCGGAUUGUUCGUGCAGCUGUUCUUCUUCACGUUUUUCGUCUUCGUCGCGGGAAUUUUCCAUCGGCGCAUGGCGAUGGUGCCGACGGCGAAGGCGUGCGUGCCUGAGGUGCGGUGGCAGCGGUAUCUCUGCACGCUGUAUGUUGUCAGCUUGCUUAUUCUUGUGCGGUCGGUGUUCCGUGUCGUCGAGUACCUUCAGGGAUCGGACGGGUUUCUGCUGCGGACUGAGACCUAUCUGUACAUUUUUGACGCGUUGCUCAUGUUCUUGGUCAUGGUCUGGAUGAAUUGGUUCCACCCUGGCGAGAUUGGGGUUCUGCUUCGUGGUGGCAUGCCACGUUCUAACGGUUUUGCUCUGAUGAAGCUUGGUCCCUCCUCCACCAACCACCCCUCCCCCUCCCCCUCCCCCGGCCCCCCAGACUCCAACCUCGACAUCCCCACCCUCUCCCUCCUCCACCACUGGACCCUCCACACCUUCGCCACGCUCUCGCAAGACCCAGACACGCAGUCCUGCUGGCGCACCAACAUCCCGCGGAUCGGCUUCGCCGGCUUCGAUUUCGUCCUGCAAGGCCUGCUAGCCCUGUCUGCCCUCCACCUCGCCCACCUGCAUCCCGAGCGCCACGCCCAGCACGCCGCCACCUCGGCCUGGUACUGGGAGAACGCUCUGCGCGGCGCCUCCGCCGCCCUGGCCUCCCCGCCGUCAGCGCAGCCGCAGCCGCACGAUGAUGACGCUGGCCAGGGCGGUGGCGGGGCCAGCAGCGGCAACGCCGACGAUGGCAGCGCCGACAGGACCUGCGCGCUGUACGCGUUCGCCGUCACGUCGUGCUUCUACACGCUGGCGCGCGGGCCGCAGCGGGUGGGGGAUAUGCUGGUCUGCGUUAUCAGCAAUCCGGACGGUGGUGCUACUGGUGGCGGCGCGGCAGACUGGCUCAUCCUCUUCCGCGGCGUGCGGUCGCUGGUCGAGCUGGCCAAGGAACAGGUGCUGGACGGGCCGCUGGCGCCGCUGGCGAGCCUGGCGCGGCGGCAGUUGGAGCGGAGUAGUAAGCUCAGCCGAGGGACCGCGGGUGCCAGGGAGGGUGAGGAGGGGGAGGAGGGGCAACAGGAGGAGGGUGCAGGCAGCGCGGCGCUGAGGGAGCUGCGGCGGUGUAUCGACGCGGACGGGGAGGAGGACGAGCCGAACGUGCACACGUAUCGGGAGAUGGUGGAUUCGUUGGCGUUUUGCUUCCGGGUCGUCGAGGCGGAGGAGAGGCGGGGAGGGGGAGCGGGUGCGCUGGCGGCGAAUUUUCAGGCGUUCUUUUGGCUGUAUCGCAUUUCGGAUGAUUUUGUGUUGUGCUUGCAGCAGCGGCUGCCGAUGGCGAUGGUUAUCUAUGCGCAUUUUGUGGUGUUGAUCAAGUCGAUGGAUUGGACGUGGGUCAUAGGGAGCUGGCCGAGCCAUUUGAUGGGUCAGAUAUACGAGUCUUUAGAUGAAGGGUGGAGGGGGCGGUUGAGGUGGCCUAUGGAGCAGGUGGGUUGGCAGCCGUAG